AUGGGAAGCUUAUACAGUGGUCACGACUUUACAGCUGACUUGGCUAUAUCCCAAUUGCCAUUCAAACAAGACAUUCACAAUUCAGUAUCUAACCCACAACUACACCAUGAUAGCACAAACUAUUCCAAAACAUUCAGGAACAAGGUCAUACCCAAUCGCAUGAUUGCAACAAUACACCCAGAACUAGAUACACAUGCAAAAUAUUUUAAUUAUGCUGCAAAAAAGUAUGGAAAUAGACCAUGUUUAAGUGCAAGGCCAUACAACUACCAACAAAAGCAAUCAGGCGACCAAUUCGAAGCUUAUACUUAUGAUGAGGUUUGGCAACGGAAAAACAAUUUGGGUGCAGGGAUUCUUCGUUCAUUAUUGAACAACCCAUAUUUGAACGACAAAUUGGAAUCACAUCGGAAAAUCAAAAAUCAUAUGAGGGACUGGUCAGGUUAUGGAAUUCCCAACUAUCUAUGCAACAACAAAGAUCAAGUGAUUGAAAAAAGUUGCUCCUUUAUCUUGUCCAUUUUUGCCGUAAACCGGUUAGAAUGGGUGUUGACCGACUUGGCAACUUCGUCGUAUGCUAUAACAAAUACAGCAUUGUACGAUACCUUGGGUCCAGAUGUCUCACAAUAUAUCUUACACUUGACCCAAUCCCCCAUUGUUGUUUGCACUUCGGAUAAAGUCGAUGUAUUGCUCAACUUGAAAGAAAAAUACCCAAAAGAGACCGAGGCAUUGAUCUCAAUAGUAACAAUGGAUCCAAUCAGUACUGUAAGUGAAGUUGCGUUGCUGAAAGCAAACGCUUUGGGUAUCCAAGUGCAAGAUUUGCAACAAGUUGAGCAAUUAGGACAAGAACAGCCCAUAAAUGAAUUAUCACCAAGCCCAGAUGCGUUAUUCACAUUGUCAUUCACUUCGGGUACCACUGGGUCGAAACCCAAGGGUGUAAUGAUUCCACAUAGAUGUGCAGCAGCAUAUAUCUCGUUUCUCACUGCUUAUCAGCCCCAGGCACAACUUGGUGACAAGGCAUUCAUCCUUCUUCCAUUAACGCACUUGUAUGAACGAGAAACGUGUGCUUUUGCAUGGACCAAUGGCUACCACUUGGGGUUUCCACAAACUACAGUGGGUCAAACAAAGAUUAAUACAUUUACAAAUAUGAUUGAAGACUUGAAGAUCUUUAAACCGACAUAUAUGUCAAUUGUACCACGGUUGCUUACAAAGAUUGAGACUCUCAUUAAAGAAGAAAUUAAACAAUUAACAGCCAAGGAGCAGGAAACGGUUAAUGACAUUAUAAAGUACAAGAUUGAACAACAAGGUAAAGCUGAUGGCUCGACCGGAUUCCACACAAAGUUUGAUUCCUUCCCUCCAUAUGCAAAUUUACGUAAGUCUAUUGGAUUUGAUCAGAUGCGCUGGGUCCAAACGGCAUCAGCACCAGUGGCUGCAUCUACAUUGAUAUAUCUCAAGGCCAGCUUAAGCAUGGGUGUGCGACAAUUGUAUGGAUUGACAGAGUCAGGUGCUGCAAUAACGUGUACUGACGCAUACGAAGCAAAACCAGGUACAUGCGGCUCCAUCUCACCUACCGGCGAGUUUAGAUUGCGUGCUGUUCCAGAUAUGGGGUACGACAUAAAUAAGCUACAAGGUGAAAUUAUGCUUAGGGGCCCACAGAUGUUCAAAGGAUAUUAUUAUAACCAGGAAGAGACAGAUAAGGCAAUUGACAAGGAGGGAUGGUUUCAUACUGGAGAUAUUGCCACAGUGGACUCCAACGGCAGAAUUACAAUCAUUGACCGCGUCAAGAACUUUUUCAAAAUGCAGCAAGGAGAAUAUGUCUCACCGGAAAAAGUUGAAAACCGGUAUUUGUCAAACAACCCAUCAAUUAGUCAACUUUACGUUCAUGGAAAUUCACUUAAGCCAUACUUGAUUGGUGUUGUUGGGAUUGAAUACGAACAAGGUCUCAAGUUUCUUAAUGAGAAUUUUGGUCUCAACAAGAUUGGGAUGCUGCCUAAAGAGAUGCUUGAAAAGAUGAAUUCAGUCGAAGCAAAAACCAAGUUUCUCAAUCAUUUAAAUUCCAAUGUACGCCAACAUUUAAAUGGUUUUGAACUUUUGCACAAUAUUCAUAUUGAAAUCAAUCCAUUGACAGUUGAAAGGGAUGUCGUAACACCAACCUUUAAAUUGCGAAGACCAAUUGCGCAACGGUUUUUUGCUGAUGUUUUCCAUAAAUUGUAUGAGAUUGAGCAGUCGUUGAUCCACGGUGCUAAACACCAAGCAGCAAGACUAUAG